UAGCUAUUUUUGCAAUACAAGACAAUUGAAAUAAGAAAACCACAAAAAUUCGGAAAUUAGUAGAAAAUUGAAAGGUCCGAUGUGUGAAAAUGUCGUCAAUUGCAAUAUCACCAGUUUCAAGUAAAGUAAUUACUUUGAAUGAUGGCAACAAAAUGCCAAUAAUAGGAGUUAAUACAUGGAAUCUCGCUACGGAAGAUCUGGAAUUCGUCAUAAAGGGGGCCAUACAUGUGGGCUUUCGACACAUUGAUACAUCUGUCUUUAACUUGAACGAGAAACAAAUAGGAAAUGUAUUGAAGACGUUGAUUGAUGAAGGCAAAGUGAGCCGGUCGGAAUUGUUUAUAACCACAAAGUUGCCUCCCACUGCCAAUAAGCCAGAACUUGUUGAACCUGCUUUGCUGGAAUCUUUAGAGCGUUUACAAAUGGAAUAUGUGGACCUAUAUUUGAUUCAGUUGCCGGUUGCAUUUGAGCGUGACAACAGUUUUGAUACGAUAAAAGUAACUAAAGAUGGUUUGGUCUGUUUGGAAGCAACGAAUCAUAUAAACGUGUGGAAGAAAAUGGAAGAUCUGAUCGUUAAGGGUCUGACAAAAUCUAUUGGUUUGGCAAAUUUCAAUCAAAAUCAAAUUCAGAAUUUAAUUUCUAAUUGUACCAUUGUUCCGGCAGUUCUACAGAUUGAGUACCACAUUUUUCUACAACAACCGAUUCUUAUUGAAUUUUGCAACUCAAACAAUAUAACCGUAAAUGCAUUUGCUGUACUUUGUACGGAGGACAUGUUGUCCUCCAGCCAUUUUUUGGGAAAACGAUUACUGCCGAAUAUAAUGGAAGUAGCAGAGGUGAAGGAGUUGGCUGAGAAAUACGAUAAAACAGAAAUACAAGUGUUAAUGCGUUGGAUUAUUGAGAAGAACAUAACAAUUUUAAUGAGAAUGAACAAUUCCAGUCGUAUGCAUGAGAUCAUGGGAAUAUUUCAGUUUCACCUGAGUAAGGAUGAUAUUCAAAUCUUGAAUGAAUUGGAUGAUAAUUUUCGUUGCGUGGAUUUGUCGGCGAUAUCAGGUAUUGAAAAUCAUCCGGAAUAUCCAUUUCAUUAAUUGCUAUUCAUUGAAAAGAAUCGCCACAGAGCUUAUUUGGCUGUCCCGUGCGAAAUUGAGAAACAUCAUUUCAGGACGGCAAAAGGCGAGCUCUUGUGAAAUGUACAUCAGAAGCCAUAAAAAGAAGCGUAAAUUCGGGGUUGUCUUCGUAGUGGAGUCCUCAAUAAAGCGAAAUUUUUCAACAUAUCCCUGAUUUACGCUCACGCGCCGAUGGAAGACAAGGAUGAUGUGACCAAAGGGUCCGUCUAUGAGCGAUGUCAAAAUUUUG